CGCCAACAGCGAACACCACACCCGUCGCCGCCACGCCUGCAGCUGUCAACUUUGGGACACUGACGACACAUUGGAGCUGAUAUAUCUCCGACUGUCUGCCUCCCUUCGCUCUGCUUCGCCUCUUUCACAGUUCUUCAUGGCCCGGUAGCACGACGCCGAAAUACACCACCCAUCAUGGAAAAGUACAGCCAAUUCCGCGAUAAAGGCACAGCGAUUGCGCCUUUCCUGCCCGUGCCUUCCCCUCCAUCGAGCUUUCUCUGGACACCCGUACAUGUGUUCCUCUUCUUCACGCGCCUACCGUUUGUCAUAGGGUUUUCGAUUCUCUACUUUGGCAUUCUGGACUGGCUACCUGUGGGGCAUGCGAUCAAGUAUGCGGUGCUGUGGUCUAUGCUCAUGGCUCCUGGGGUGUGGUGGGUGGACUUUCAGGUCGAUGGUGUGAAGCGGGGACAGCUCUCCUCGGCGAAAGAACAGCUCCCCAAGCCCGGCACAAUUAUCGCUUCGUCAUACACUUCCCCCCUCGACCCCCUCUACCUCGCCGGCAUCUUCCAACCAAUCUUCACCCGCGCAUAUCCAAACACUCGCAAGGUCGAGCGCAUCACACUCCUCCGCGCCAUCCUCCUCGCCUUCUCCCACCCCACGCUCUCUCCCCCCGACACCAGCAACCUCGUCACCCUCGCGCAGCUCACUGCGGAAAACCCCACAAGCAUAAUUUGCGUCUUCCCCGAAUGCACCACCACAAACGGCCGCGGCAUCCUACCUUUGUCCCCUUGCCUGCUCAGCGCAGCCGGCGACACGAAAAUCUACCCCGUAAACCUGCGCUACACACCUCAAGAUGUCACCACCCCCGUCCCCGGCAACUACCUGAGCUGGUUCUACAACCUCCUAUCUAAACCCACGCACCAGAUGCGCGUAAGGAUCGCUAGUCGCAUCUAUAAUUCGCCGUCGCAGGACUCGCCCAAGAAGAUUGUGCAGAAGGCGACGGGCACGGGCUAUGAUACGAAUAUCUUCGACCAACCGGAUUUCCGCAACGGGGUCAAUGGGAAACACUGGGAUGCGGAUGCGGGCAUGCAGGUUGAGACUGGUGUUGGCGGAGUGGAGGACGUGAGUGCAGAUGAAAAGAAAGUAUUGGAUCGGAUUGGGGAGGAUUUGGCCCGGUUGGGGAGAGUCAAGAGAGUCGGGUUGGGAGUUGAGGAUAAGAUUGAGUUUCUGAAGGUUUGGUUGAAGAGGAAGCGAUGAGUAGGUGGAGGAGUAGUAUCAGGGAGUUCUGGAAUGGAGUACGUGGACAUGAAUAUGGAUGGUUACUUUUGGAAAGAAUAUGUAGGUAUGAAGAAUGAGUUAUCAUGAUACCAUGAUUCUAUUUCUGUCUCGGCUUUUCCAUGCCAUACGUGCAUAUCCUUUUUUAGUCAUGAUAUAAAUUCUACCAUCA